AGCUGCAGGUUGCCUGGGCAGCAGCAGCAUCUCUGUCCUGUCCCCGAGCAGCAGCAGCAGCAGCAGCAGCAGCAGGAACAAUAGCCUCAUGUGGCCCUUGUGAGCAGACAUGGGACGCAGGCGUGGAGGAACCGGCCAUUCAUCGCUCACUUAGCUCACUCUAGUCCCUUUUUCAAUCCACCACUACGUGCAGCAACAGCAUGGCUAAACAGUAUGAUGUGCUGUUCCGACUGCUGCUGCUCGGAGAUUCUGGGGUUGGGAAAACAUGUUUGUUAUGCAGAUUCACGGACAACGAAUUUCACUCAUCUCACAUCUCAACCAUUGGGGUGGAUUUCAAAAUGAAGACAUUAAUAGUAGAUGGGAUCAAAGUACGGAUACAGAUAUGGGACACGGCGGGCCAGGAGCGGUACCAGACCAUCACCAAGCAGUACUACAGACGAGCACAGGGGAUCUUCCUGGUGUAUGAUAUCACGAGCGAGCGGUCCUUCCAGCACAUCGUGAAAUGGGCGAGCGAUGUGGACGAGUACGCUCCUGUAAAGGUCCAGAAGAUUCUUGUGGGGAACAAGUCAGACGAGGUGGACAAGAGGCAGGUAGCCACGGAGCAAGGCCUGAAGCUGGCCGAGGCGUACGGGAUGGCCUUCUUUGAGACAAGCGCCUUCACCAACCAUAAUAUCUCAGAGACUUUUACACAACUGGCUGAACAAGUGCUGGCAGCCAAUAAAAAGGACCUGGAUCUACUCCGGAUUUCCCUCAACGACGAGCUUAACCUGACUGCUCUGGAGGAAGAGGAGGGACUCUGCAACGGUGACGCCGGCGACCAGCGCAAAGGCUGCUGGUGUUGAAGGAACAACGCGGAUUCUCAACAAACAUAUUUACCACACUCUUCAUACACACUUGGGAAAAUGUGAUGUUGAUUGAAGUCUAAAGUAAAGAAAAGCACUUAGCUAGAAGUUUGAAACCACUUGGCGAGUUGGUUUUAUUGAGUAUCGCCAAACAGUUUGAAUGUUUGACAGGAUUUUUGCUCACUAAAGCACUUGUUCUUACUCAGUUCCUUUUUGUCUUUUACCAAAUGCAAUCAAUAACCACGACAAGGAGAGGCGUGAAAGAACAUUUGAUCAUCUUUUCUUUGCAGUUUUUGUACAGUAGUCAUUAUAGAGAGUAAGAUGUAAACUAGAACUUCCCACAACUUACUUGAAGUGUUUCACUGUUGUUUUUUUAAACAUUACAACGGUAGUGUCUGAUUUAAAUCAAACCAACAAUGGAAAUGGUUGUGUCUGGCCUUCAUUUAUCACUUCAAUUAUGUCCUGAUUUUAUAUUUGUAUCUUUUUUUUCUGAUCAGGAUAGUAGCACCCACUGCUUUUCUGUGAAUGCUUUUAGGUGUAGUGAAAGGAUUUGCCACAAGAGGGCGCCCGAUACUUUGUUUAAAAAAAUAAAUAAAUAAAAGCUCAAUUCACUGAGGAUGGCUGUGCUCACAUUUGCAAUGGUCACCCUAAAUUAAAUGAAUCGAUCUUAACUGAAUAUAUGCAGUUAUUUUAUCACUUUAAUGCGCUAUUUUCAUUGAAAUGUUGACUGCACAGGAUGCUUUUGCAGCCUGCGAGUACUCAAAGAGAGCACGAGGAGCAAAUCUGUUCAAUUUCCUUGUAGCAAAACAGAAGGUAUUUUUCUAUGUUCUGUGUUUGUUUUAAUAGAAGAAAAUAUCCUAUACUGUCAGUGGUUUGAUGACUUCCGAUUGCAUUGUACAUACCAGAAACCAGGCAGAGAGGAGGAGAGGAUUUUACUGCAUUACCAUUGGAGGACUGUAUAAACAUCAAUAGAUAUUCAAAAUAUUAAGAAGUAUUCAUUUUGUGAACAUGAUCUUUUUGUUGGUCUGUCCUCUUCUCACCGUUUUGUACAGAGUCAAGUGAAAAAGCCCCCUCUUUUCCCCCCCUCACAGAUUAUCAAGGGAUGAGUAAGAGUUUUGCAUGCUUUUCACUCUUCUUUCCUUUUCCUUUUAUUGCAACUUCAGUGAAGUUAACACCCGCCUGACCACAAUAAAAGUAUAACAUUUGACCAAAGUUGCCUCUUGGAGGGUUACACAGAAUGACCAUCAUUAAUAGGGAAAUUUGGUGAAAUUUUUGCAACUUAUGCUACUGGAAACAAGUGUUAACGUACGCUGUGUGUGUCAUGGCCGUAUGUGCUGAAUGAUUUAAGCUCUAGAUACACCAGGUAUCUGUUUUUUUCAGGAAGUUUUUUUUCUUCUUUCUUUCCUGUAGACUAUUUUAAAUGUAUUUGUGGAAAUAUACUACAUGCAACAUGUUAUUCUUGGAGCGAAGAUGUCAGCUGUUUAUGAGUAAAUCCUUGUAGUUAUAUGAUUCUGUUCCAGGACGUCUUCUUGAUGAAGCUGAGACUGGCACAUCUCUCCAUGUGAUAAUGCAAAUAUUGUGGCAUUGUUUUUCAGGUAAUGACAAGUCCUCAAGGCGAAGCGUAAAGU